AUGGUCUCUGCUGGCCACAUAUGCCUCAGACCGAGAGAACUCAAACCGAUGCCGGCGCCUGUCUGUACGUUCCUCAGGACUACGGACCAAGGCUUCAAUACUGGAGCGGAGCUGGAGACCUUGGAGGACAAUGCAGGUGUCACCCAACGGCGAAUUGAACUCAGAGGAAGAGAUGCCAUAGGUGCAGGUCGAGGUGGUGGAGGGAAAGCCAAAAGGGUCAAGUUGCAGACUGUACCACUGGUUCAGCCUAUCACUCGCGUCCGGUUUCCGAAAGAGCAUCCUACCGCUCAAACCGACGUACCUCGCCACCAACCAGUUCGCGUCCGGUUUCCGAAAGGGCAAUCGACGUACCUCGCCACCAACCAGUUCGCGUCCGGUUUCCGAAAGGGCAAUCGACGUACCUCGCCACCAACCAGUCCCCAUACUGAAGACAGUCUUAGCUGCGAAGCCAGCGAAAGGGAACACUACCAUACCAAGCGUACUACCAACCUCGCGUCGCCCAAGGCGUCCAAGCGCGCCGAUGCUGUGGCCAUCUUUGGUGAGGAAUCAGAGGACGAGGCGGUCGUUGAUGCAAACGCAGUCGUAACGGCAGAAGAUUCAGAUUACGCAGAAGUCCACAUGCCGUCCCGGAAGGCGCCGUUCCACAGGGUGGAGACCAAGGAAACAGGCGUCCACUCAACACCAUCUCGUUGA